ACAUGUAGGGGAAGAGGAGCUAGCAAUCAAUUUUGGCUCCUAAUAUGGCAUUUGGGAAGUAAUGCUCUCAAUAUGCACAGCAUUAUUGAGAAAUCCUCUUGCAGAUGCAGAUUUUAAACACUUGCAUACACUUCCUCUGACACCAGUUCAUCGGAAAGACAAGACCGACCAGCACAGCAAUAAUGUUGAGGGCUGCGCUGCUCCUCCUCGUGCUGCUGAGUGACCAGAUUAGAGGUUUAAAUGAAAUGCCGGAGGGACAGAAAUAUGAGGUGGUCUUCCCUCGAAAACUUCAUGCACAUCAUAAGAGAGAUACUCAGCAGAGUGAAUAUCCUGACCUGGUGCAAUAUGGACUUGAAGUGAAUGGUCAACCUAUGGUCCUUCAUCUGGAGAAAACUGAAGACUUAAUAUCUGAGAAUUACACAGAGACUUAUUACCUGAAAGAUGGUUCCCCAGUUACCACCAGUCCUGAGAUAAAGGAUCAUUGCUUUUAUCAAGGGUAUGUGACGAAUGACAACGGCUCACAGGUCAGCCUCAGCGCAUGCAAUGGAUUAAGUGGCAUAAUUGCAACACAAGAAAAUAAAUUCUUGAUUCAACCGCUGAAGAUGUCAGAGACUGGAGCACAUGCUGUCUACCAGUAUGAAGCCCAGGAGCAACCAAAAACAUGUGGUGUGGAUGAUACAAGUGUCAAUGAGACAAUAAUGACCAAGUUAGACUUCUCAACUACCAGUAAUGAGAAACAAGCAUUUCUAAAGUCAAGAAAAUAUAUCCAGCUCUAUAUGGUAGCGGAUAAUUCUAUGUACAAUAGAUUUAACCGCAGAAACGGUGAAAUCAGGCAAAGGAUAUUUAGCAUUGUUAAUUUCGUCAAUCAGGUGUAUAAGCCCUUAAAUCUUUUUGUGGCUCUAACUGGACUGGAAAUUUGGGGCAAUGGAAACCUGUUUGAGGUGGUCACCUCUGCUGACACCAAUCUAAGGCGCUUCUCUGAAUGGAGGGAGAAAAAGUUGCUACCUAUCAAACCUCAUGACAAUGCUCAGUUCCUAACGAACAUUGAUUUCGAUGGCAGUACUGUGGGACUUGCAUGGAUCGGCACACUGUGUAGUAAUACGAAUUCUGCAGGUGUUGUACAGGAUCAUAGUGAGGAAUAUGCUCCAGUUGCUGCGACUCUUGCUCAUGAACUAGGACACAACUUAGGAAUGUCUCACGAUGAUAACUGCUGCCCUGCAACCUUAUCUUGUAUCAUGGCUCCAUCUUUAAGCCAUAACACCCCACGAACCUUCAGUUCCUGUAGUCAGCAAGACUAUCAGAAGUUUAUCCUGGAACAUAUGCCUGUAUGUAUGAAGGACAAGCCAAAGAUGGAGGAAAUCCAGUCGACUCCUGUGUGUGGCAAUAAAUUCACAGAAAGAGGGGAAGAAUGUGACUGCGGCUCUGUGCAGGAAUGUACUGACAAAUGCUGUGAUGCGGCCACGUGCAAACUAAAACAAGGUGCCCAGUGCGCAGAGGGUGAAUGCUGUUCGGACUGUAAGCUGAAGUACGCCGGUUUCGUGUGUAGACCUGCCAAAGACGACUGUGAUCUGUCUGAUAUGUGUGAUGGGAAAUCGGCCACGUGUCCCUCUGAUGGUUUCCGGAUGAAUGGAUCUCCUUGCAAGAAUGGGGAGGGUUAUUGCUAUAAUGGGAAAUGCCCCACCCUUAGCAGCCAGUGUGAAACUUACUGGGGAGCAGGUGCUUUGGCUGCUCCUAAUUCCUGCUAUGAAACUAGCCGACGAUAUUGCCCCCAGUCUAGGUACGGGCAAUGUGGAGUGUUGUACUGUUCUCGAGGUAGCAGUCAACCCAUCAUCAAAAACUUUGGUUACUGCAGUAUCUCACAAUGUAAAACUCUUAACCCAGAAGUCCUGGUGGAAACUGGAACAAAAUGUGGAGAUGAGAGAAUGUGUAUAAAUGGGCAGUGUUCUGCGGUUCUAAUGCCCUCCCGACCUGCAGACUCAAACUGUGCUACAAAGUGCCCUGAACAUUUGAUGUGUAUAAAUGGGCGAUGCACUGCAAUUCCAACGCCCUCCCAACCUGCAGACUCAAACUGUGCAACCAAGUGCCCUGAACAUUUGAUGUGUAUAAAUGGUCAAUGCACUGAAAUCCCAAUGUCCCUCCGACCAGGAGAAUGCGAUGCCAAGUGCCCCGGACAUUCGGUUUGUAACAAUUUGCUGGAGUGCCAAUGUGACGAAGGCUGGGCACCACCCGACUGUGACACCAGACCUAACACGAGAAGCUCCAGCACCAUUGUGCUUGCAGUCCUCAUUCCUAUUGUGAUCCUUAUAUUGAUUAUGGUGGGUCUUUGGUUCUACAAGACGUGUCAGACGAAGAAGAAGAAGAGAUCUCCUGAAGAUGGCUCAGGUGUGACCAACCCUACCUUCAACAUCCAAAAUAAGAUUCCUCAGCAACCAACUUCCUAUCAGAAUCCACAACAAUACCCUGGAAGACCUAUAUAUCCUCCACAGCCGCCAGCCCAGUACCAGAAGCCUCAGCAAUACCCUGGAAGACCUAUGUAUCCUCCACAGCCGCCAGCCCAGUACCAGAAGCCUCAGAAGCCAGCUGCUGCCCCUUCUUCUAGACCAAUGUAUCCCCCGAUGCCACCACAGGCUGCUAAACCCAACUACAGAAGAUAAGAUGGGCAUCCCUAGCCGGAAGACAUUGGCAUUGGAGGGAACCAUUUUCAUAUUCUAUGGCGCCCUCUACUGGAAAGCAGUGUUAAAAACAUGCACGCAUUUUCUUCUAUGUUCUCAAUUUUAUUUAUUAUUAUUUGUAUUCUGUAAUUAUAUUAAUAUUCCCACAAUGUAUUGCACACUAUAUAAGUAUUUCUUAGUGUAGCUGUCCGCUCAUUUCAUUGUUAUGGACCUGUGGGUGUGGAGAGUAAUGGCACCCACACAUGGGAAUAUCAUAGAUAUACUGUAUAUAUUGUAAUUUGUCGUGUAGUGUAAGCUUUGUACAAAAUAGCAACUAAAAUGUUUCAUUGUGUGAUGAGACUGUAACCAUUCUAUGGCACACAGACCCAUAAUACUGCCAUCUGCACUAAGGUGCCCAUAUAUACUGUAUAUGGAGUGCAUCUGAUUUUACUUGAAAGCACAUGCGGCGAGAUUUAUCAAACAUGGCAGAUCUCUGGCUGCUGGUCUCAAUAUCUCCUGUACCACCAGAGGAUACGCUUAAUUUAUGAAAAGUUGCAUUCCUCAUCAUAAAUUAAGGGGCACAUUUAUUAAGACCGGCCCAUAGCUGGCGGUAGAUCCACAGAAGUUAUGAAGAGGCGCAGGCCUCUCUAAAUGUAAGCCAGGUUCCUAGCUGUCAUUUAGACCAUUUUCUAUGCCUGGUCCCCACCCACACCAUACUCAUAAUUUUAGACCUAGCUCGAGCUAGGAAAAGUUGCAGAUAUCGGCACAACUAACCAUUGCGCCGGCAUCUGUGCCUGAAAUACGCCUAAUUUAGGUGUAUGUUAGAUUAGUAAUUACCCCCUAGAUGCCUUCUCCAGCAGGAACUAAUUUAUUAAGACUAGCCUGUGCUACACUGGUCUUGUGCUGUCAGGGGAAGGCAUUUAAUUUAUAUAGAGGUGCAGAAUACAACUAAAAAUGCUCUGGUCCAGAUUUUCAGUGAUGAUGUAUAUGAUGAUAAAUGUGCUGGUUCCAGUGGCCCUGCGCCCGCGCCACCCUCAUCAUGCCCUUUUUUCAGAAACUGUUGAGGGCGGUGUAAAAGCACUAGUUAUUAGAUUUAUUUGCAAUUUUUUUAAAUGCCAAAAACACAGCGUAGGGGAAUGAUAAAUGUCCUGCUAAGUUUGUUAAUUGUUUGAGGAUUUCUCCUUUAGAGAGACCUCAUUGUAAUUAUGGUGUUUGGUGACUGCACUUUUCAUAAGAAUAUUGGACAAUGUUUUUUGUAUUUAAUUAAAAUGAGGAUAAUGCAAAUAAAAAUUUUUAAACAGUUGAA